UUAGGAGAUUUCUGAGUCCUACUGCGGUCGGGUACUGUCUGCUGUCAUUGCAGCCGAUAUGUUAUCCCAUUCCCGGUGUCUCACCCGGACUUUCGGUCGUUCCUUUUCAGUCCUCCGCCAGGGUAAUAGUGUACUAGCAAGGCGGGCUACGUCAAGCAUAUCAGCGAGUCAAUGCGUCACUUUUCAAAACAGCACGAAAUGUGAGACCAGACCCAGUGUCUUCCAGAUCAGAUACUUCAAGACAUCUGCUGCUCACAAGAAUGAAGUAAUUACAGUCAACACGCCAGCAUUUGCUGAGUCUGUCACAGAGGGGGAUGUGAGGUGGGAAAAAGCUGUUGGAGACACAGUUGCUGAGGAUGAGGUGGUGUGUGAAAUCGAAACCGAUAAGACAUCGGUGCAGGUGCCCUCCCCAGCUGCAGGAGUGAUUGAGGCUCUUUUGGUUCCUGAUGGUGGUAAAGUAGAGGGAGGUACUCCUCUAUUCAAACUAAAAAAAGGAGCUGGUGCUGCUAAGGCAGCUGAUGCACCACAACCUGCUGCUCCGCCACCUGAAGCCCCUGCAGCCGCUGCCCCUCCUCCUCCUCCACCACCCCCUGCGGCCCCUGAUGCUGGGCCUAUACCAACCGCCAUGCCCCUGGUGCCACCUGUUCCCACUCAGCCUAUGGCAGCCAAACCAGCUCCAGCCAUCAAACCCACACCAGCUCCUGUUGCCACAGCAACUGAUGCUGGACCUAAGGGUGCCCGGUCAGAGCAUAGGGUAAAGAUGAAUCGCAUGAGAUUGAGGAUUGCCCAGAGACUGAAGGAGGCCCAAAACACCUGUGCCAUGCUGACAACCUUUAACGAAGUGGACAUGAGCAACAUCAUGGAAAUGAGAAAGGUGUACAAAGAUGCUUUCCUGAAGAAACACGGUAUCAAACUGGGCUUCAUGUCAGCGUUUGUGAAGGCUGCUGCCUACGCUCUGACUGACCAACCCGCUGUCAACGCCGUCAUUGAUGAUACAACCAAAGAAAUUGUGUACCGGGAUUAUGUUGAUAUUAGUGUGGCUGUAGCAACACCAAAGGGACUCGUGGUACCUGUGAUCCGAGGAGUAGAGGGAAUGAACUUUGCAGACAUUGAGAAAACAAUUAAUGAACUGGGAGAGAAGGCCCGUAAGAAUGAGCUAGCUGUUGAAGACAUGGAUGGAGGAACGUUCACCAUCAGUAAUGGAGGAGUGUUUGGAUCCUUGUUCGGGACACCCAUCAUUAACCCUCCUCAGUCUGCCAUUCUGGGCAUGCAUGGUGUCUUUGACAGGCCUGUGGCGGUCGGGGGCAAGGUUGAGAUCAGGCCUAUGAUGUAUGUGGCUCUGACGUACGACCACCGUUUAAUUGACGGCAGAGAGGCGGUCACCUUCCUGCGUAAGAUCAAAUCUGUGGUGGAGGACCCCCGGGUUCUUCUGCUCGAAAUGUGAGAGAGAGGGGAAAAGUCAAGUGCACUCUCAAAUGGCCGCCUAACUCCCUGAGAUGUACGAAAAACGUGAUCCUGUUUUAAACACAAUGGUUCUUAACCUUUCCCUUGUUGCUGUUGCAGAUGGCUGAAUUGGUUUACUAAGGAAAAAGUAUUUCACUACUGAAAUGAUUUAUUGACACGUGCAAAAAAAAAAAAAAAAAAAAAAUGAGAGGGUGGGCCAAAGCUGAGUUGUGCACAGGCUGGUAAUUCAAAAGACCUCUUGUUAAAAAUAUAUUGUACAAAACGUUUGUUUUUUUUUGCAGGGCUGGGUGUUCAGUUGAACAGACUUUCUACUUAGCACAGGGCUGUCAUUAAGUUCGUAUGUGCUUAUAGCCAUUUUCCAAACUCAAGUAAUAUGGAUUAAAACUGUUCCAACUCCUUGUCCAGCUAUUUGUUCUCUAAAUGGCAAAAGUAAGCAUAGUAGUAAGCAGUAUAUUGUAUUUCAUAUUCUUCAUGUUAAAAAAAAAAAAGGGGUAUUGGAAGUAGCUGCAAUUUGUCACCAGAUGAACAGAACAGAACCAGAAACACUAUGUUCCAGAAACUCUGUCUUUUUUUGUAUUCAAUGUUAUAUGUACUCAUAAUGGCAGUAUGUUCAUGACAUCUCUCUGAGGUCAGAUUCACUGAACUCUUUAGGAACAAAUUCCAGCAAUGCUGAAAUAAGCGGAACUAUUUAAGGGGGGAAAAAAAACAAGAUUUUAAACAAUAAAAUAAACAAAUAUUGUGUGUUGCA